AUGAUGUACAGCAAGCUCCUAACCCUCACCACUCUCCUCCUCCCCACCGCCCUCGCCCUCCCCUCUCUGGUCGAGCGCGCCUGCGACUACACCUGCGGCAGCAACUGCUACUCCUCCUCCGACGUUUCCACCGCCCAGGCUGCCGGUUACCAGUUGCACGAGGACGGCGAGACCGUCGGCAGCAACAGCUACCCGCACAAGUACAACAACUACGAGGGCUUCGACUUCUCUGUGUCGUCUCCUUACUAUGAGUGGCCGAUUCUGAGCUCCGGAGAUGUUUACAGCGGUGGUUCUCCCGGUGCGGACCGUGUGGUGUUCAACGAGAACAAUCAGUUGGCUGGUGUGAUUACUCACACUGGUGCUAGUGGUAACAACUUUGUUGAGUGUACUUAG